AUGUCGAUCUCCGGCGACAGCCACAGUAGCUCUCCGCAGACCUACGAACCCGUCGUCCCCACGGAUCUCACCCGUGGCUCUUAUCAUAGCGCAAUGGGACCUGUGCCUCAGCACACAACACAGGAGACCCGCAGCUCGUCAGAGAGCAGCGGUGCCUCGCUGAAGAGCCCCCGCACAGCUCGCUUCGCCGAAGCUACAACGAUUCACUCGCCCGUCGAGCGACCUACCCGAUCUCCCUUUGUCGAUCCUCCCAAGAAUCAGUCGGGCGGUGUCGGUGAUGUGGGUUUCGGGUAUGUUAACGAUCCCGCUCAUGCAGAAGAAUCGAUGCCCCCAGCAUCGCCUCUACGAAGUGGGUUGAGGGUACCUAAAUCAGCAGUUUCGUUGAACCCGCUCAGCCCAACCUUCCGUGAGGAGUAUAUGCUUGGGAAGCAGGAGAAGCACGCCGAAAAGGAAAAUGCUCGCGACUUGAGAAUCAAACUUCGUGUCCGCAUCGCCAAGGUCUUCCUUCGUUUCGUCAACUUCGGCUGCAGUCUGAUCGUGUUGGCUUUGCUGGGAACGACUCUGACUAUCUUCAAUGCGACCAAGACUAUCCCGACGCGUAACAAUCUGCCUGCUUGGGCAGAAGGAACCAACCCAUGGGCCCAGUACUUGCUUUUGGGCAUGUCCUGUUUCUCGCUCUUUGCCUGCAUGAUCAUCUUCUGGGGUUACUGGAAGGGCGGCCACCGACGGGCUCAAAAGACCGCCAUUUACUAUACCACAUUCACAAUCUGCUUCUUCUUCUUCGACUUCAUUAUGUGGGUCGUCGGUGCGGCCAUCUACCAGCGCUCGAAGGCCACUGGUAACAAAAAAGACAUGUGGGGUUGGUCCUGCGCCCAGAAUACGCGUGAGCAGCUCUACCACAAUGUGGUUGACUAUGCUCUUCUGUGCCGUCUCCAGGACUGGGGUCUCGUCUGUGCCAUCAUUGAAAUCGUCAUCGAAGUCCUUGCCCUUCUGAUCUACUUCGUCGUCUUAUAUCGCCUCUGGACUAAGCGCCGUCUCAUGAAAUCCAUGGGCCGCCGCGACAAUGCCCGCAACGAUCUGUACCUGGCCCAACUGCAUAUCCAGUCUGCCCCCAAUACCCCAGGCUUCGCAGGGUUCUCAUCCUACCCGCCCAAAUCACCAUUCUACGCCGCUGCCGCGAUUGACAACUACUCAGCAGCUGAGAAGGGUCAGCUUAACCCGAUGACCCAGUACGCUUCUCCUCGCUCGCCAACCCGCCCUGUCCCGAACUUCCAGCUCCAGGCCCCACCCAUCAAGGUGCAGCAGCCCACCCCGCAGAUGGCCCAGGACGGAUUCCAUUCUCCGCCAGUUCCUGCAGCCCCUUCGACACAUUCUAAGUCUCCAUCUCCGCCGCUAAAUGACCCUCAACACAUGGCUCCCGCGCCGGGCGAGACGGAUUACGGCGCCGUGCCUAUCCCGGGCGCCUAUGCCAGCCCCAUGAUGCCGGGUUUCCCAUCUGCGGUACACAAAUAG